AUGGGUAUUUGGUACCAGCUGAGCAAUUCCAGACCGGUACGAUCUAGCAGCGUAGUUUCGAACAACCGAUCUGCUCGGCAAUCCGCCCCAAAUUACAUUGCUGUCCCCGGAUUCUCCGCCACACCUUUUCUGUCGACCCUCUCAAAAAGUUCCUCGAUCCUGUCGAGUCGGGUGAUGCUGAAAAGGACCCGUGCUACCCGAAGCCAAGAUCCGGUAGGCCACCACACCUGCCUUCCGAAGCCGCUGAUAACCUUGGGCGGUGCUCCCGCGACUCCGCUUAAUCCAGGUGACUUUGCAGGUCUCCACAAGCUUACGUACGACUUGAGACCAGAAUGGUUCGAAGGUUAACUGAAUGCUACCAAAUAUAUGGACCUGCACCAGCUGGUGCGAUGCAGCUGGAACCUGAGCCACAUAACGCCCACCGGAUUCCGAAUCGGGGCUCAGCUGCAUCGGAAGUGCAGUGAUUCUAUUCUGAAAACGCCCCUCCUAUCCUUCGACACCAACCCCAGUACGCUAUCAUCAAACCUUUACCUACUUUAUCGACCGAGACCGUCAGUUUGUGUAGAACUCAAUAUCCAAACGCUACCCCAUGCAAGCACGAGUCCCAUCAUCGAUAAUGUAUCGCUCCAAUACACCGGAACUAGUACGACGACGACAGUGCGAUGCUACAACCCGACCAACGAGUCAUGCCGAGUAACGAUGGAUCAUUUGAUAGGCUACAACGAUCGGUUAGCUUUCGGUGCGGAGCUUCUCUGCGAGUGGUAUCGACAGGCGACGAAUGCUCAAAUAGCUAUCGCAGCGAGGUACACCCGAGAUAAAUAUUCGUUCGCGGCCACCGGCUCGAUGGAGGCGUUCGAUUUAAGCUACUGGCGUAAGGUGAACGAUAGGAUACAGAUAGGCUCAUCACUCGCGUGCAGCCACCGGGAGGGAAAAGCCAUCGGCACAAUUUAUUACCGGGUGGAACGGCCAGAUUGCACCGUCCGGGGGCUUUUCGAUUCCAACUGGUCCGUGGGAUUCACUUAUCAGAGGAGGUUGAAACAGAUGCCGAUCAAUGCCGGCAUCAGUCUAUUAUUCUGCAUCCCGAAAAACACCUUUCAGGGUGGGUUUAAAAUUGAUUUAGACUCUAAUUUGCAGUGACCGAUUGAAGUGGUUUCGAUGUUCGGGGUUUCUAUGGUUCUCUGUUUUUUUUUGGAGCUUUUUGGAUUCUGGGAAGCAGCUCGCAGAAUGACCGGAAGGACGAUCGGAUAAGCUGUGAAAAAGUUCGUCAUGAGCAGCGAUUAUCGCACGCCAAUCGAACUGCUGAUGCUGAUGCGAUAGCCAAAUAUAAGGGAAUGAAUAAAAAAUUAAGCCUCCAUGCGAUGUAUGGGCGGCAGUUAA